AUGGCCACGAGGCUGUUGGAGCUGGUUCUUAAUGGCCUGCUGCACGCAAAGCAGAUCUUGGGUUCGGAAUUUGGUCUUUGGAACUCCGAGGAUAAGAAAGCUGGCACGAGUGCUCCAACCGAAGCCAGUGCAAAGCUACAAAGCAUCAGCUGCUUUCCCCCAGCCCAAUCUCAGCAGUUUCUCAGGGUCUGCAUCGCGGACGAGACGCCGGAGCCGGGAAGCGUCGGCCAGCCUGCAGAUGAGCGUCCCCUCGACCUGCUGCUCCUUCGUGACGCGGCGUUGAGGCUGACAGUGGUGGGCAAGGCGCUUAACCUGCGAGCCGAACGUCGCUUCGGCGAAGCCUGGCGCCAAAGCGCGGCCCAGGCUGGCUUGAGGUCCAAUUCAGGUGAAUGGAGAAGGAGACGCGCCCGGGAGAUGCGCUUGAAGAUGGCAGCCUCAAGGCUGUGGCAGGCGCGCAUGCGGGGCUAUUUGCGCCUCGCCUUCCUGGUCAACGGUCAAUGGACGACACUGCGGCUGCCCGGGGUCGUUUGGCGGUGUUCCAUGCUGCUGAACGAGAUCAAACGACGUGAAAUGGCGAGGAUGAAGAAGGCUCGACGCCGUGAAGCUGCAAAGCGACUGCAGUGCUGCUGGCGUGGUCUCCUCGGACGCCGAGCUGCCUUCGCCCGCCAAAAGCUCCUUGCGGCGAGGAGACUGCAACGAUGCUGGCGAGGUUGGAGGUCCCGCCGGCGCCUUUGUGCCGUCAAGCGACUCGCCCACUGGUGGCGACAGCUUUUGGCUGUCCGGGCGUCGGCAGCCCUGAGGCUCCAAGCUUGGCUGCGUGGCCAAAUAGCACGAACAUGCGCCCGGCAGCUUCGAAGGAUUCGAGGGUGA